AUGACUUAUAGUCGAUCAAGUUUGCGGGUGGAACGGCAUUUGUCACGUGAUUUGUGUGCCUGUUUAGCAGUACGCGCGCUGGAAAGCCUCAUGCAUGUGUAUGCACCUAUCAAUGCCCACAGUGAAAGAUCUUCGGAGAAAACGGGAGCACAAUCCACAUGUCUGUCAUAUGUCGAAUGGCUUGCACGCCUGCGUCUCGAAUGGUGCGUCGGCGAUCCCGAGCCUUCUUAUCAGUGUCCCAAAUGUUUCAAAAUUUUUCAUUUGGCCAGAUGGUUUGACCAACACAUUGAAGAGCACUCGGAGCUGAGGCCAUAUAAAUGUGAUUUUUGUCCAUCUUAUUUCAAAUCGGCCACUGGGCAGAAAUGUCACAUGAUAGAGCAACACUGGAAUAAGUUGUUGUCCAGUGAAUGCCCCGGGGCAUCUGUGUACACCUCACUUUUGAUGCGAAAGCGUAAUGUAUGUCAACGUUGUGGAAGAGGUUUUCGUUCGGAUGCAGCGUUAGAGAAACAUGCUCGCAUACACACAGAUGUCACGCCGGUCUACAUUGGAGUUCCUCAAUGCUCCGUCUUGGGACCACUCCUGUUUCUGAUCUACGUCGACGACCUCCCAGGCAUUCUUGCGUGUACAUGUUUACCUUUUGAGGACGGCUUGAAAUCCUGGAGUUCUAAUGCCAGUGCCCUCCAAAUGGGAGCAGACGCUGCCAAGCAGUGGUCGUUGGAUUGGUACCUUCCUCUAAAUGAUAAAAAGUGCAUCCAUGUGUCGUUUGGAGGGGAUUUAGCGAAUGCCUUUGUUAUGCAUGGUGAAAAGGGACCAGAAAACAUCAUCAGGGUAGAUGCCAAAAAAAAUUAG